AUGAGUUCAACUAAAAUGCUUAAAAUUAAAAAGAAAGAAAGCUCUAGUUUUUCCAAAGAGGGUGAAAUUCGUCUGUUAAAUGCUGUCUAUUCGCAGCGGAAAAUAAUAGAAAACAAGGAAACUAAUAAAUUUACCAACAUAGAAAAGGAUAAAGCUUGGGAGAAAGUAGCUGUAGUGUAUAAUGCCCAUUCACUUGAAUAUAGAAAUACCGAUCAAUUGAAAUCGAAGUUCGACAAUUUAAAAACGAAAACGAGGAAAAUUGUAGCUCAAGAACGAGCCCAUAUAAAAGGAACUGGAGGUGGUGGGCCCCUUCCUCCAGAUUAUGACCCAGUCAUACAAUUGAUUGUAAAAAUAAUCAAUUGGAAAACUGUUGUUGGGUUAGAAAACACUUUUGGUAGUGAUUAUACCGCCAAUGAUAUUGAAGAUGGAAGUCAAACAAUUGCAGAAGUCGAUAUAGUUAUGGAGGAUCAAAAUAGUUUACUUAUUGAAUUAAAAGAUGGUGUUGCUGUUAAAAGCAGUACGUCGGAGAAAGGCCACAAUUUUAUUGUUAUGUAUACAAUAGAACAUCCAGUUGCUGGUUCAUCACAGUGUUCUAAUGAGCUUCGCAAACCUUUUAUAGAAGUACAACACAACAUUGAUGACAUCAAUAAAGACAUUAAUGUAGAAAUUGGGGACGUUGUUGCAACUGUGAAAAAUGUAUGUAUUUUCAAAAUUAUAGUAAUAAAUAACAUGUGA